UCUGAUUCAAGCUAAAAAAUUAGAUGGCGAAACUGAUGAUUUUUGUGGGGCUAAAAUUUACUCUGUGAAUAAAACAGGAUUCAACAAUUUUACUCAUUUCUUUGCUAUUCACAUUCCUCUCAUAAAUGUUUUAGUGUGUGAAUGUUCUGUAUACAGUGUACUCGUCUUAAUAUUUACAAAAAAAAUAAUUAAAACAUUUUUAUUAACGUCCUAGAUGAUCAUAAACAAUUUGGAAUUAUUUCUUUUCAAUUAUAGAUAAAAUAAUUGACAUAUUUCAGUGAACUAAUGUAAUAGUUUUAUAUUUUAUUCGGCGUUUGAAGAUUGAUUAGUAAUCAGCUACAAACAUGGCUGCUGCAGCGGCUGCCGCGCUUCUUGAUGAAUUAAUGGGAAGAAAUAGGAAUGUUUUACCUAAUGAAAAGCCGAAGGAACUUAAUUGGGAAGAUCCUGAGUUCUGCAAGCUCUACUUAGUCAAAUUCUGCCCUCAUGACCUUUUUGUGAAUACACGAGCUGAUUUAGGAGCUUGUACAAGAGUUCAUGAUGACGAAGCACGAGAACUCUUUGAAAAAGCACCGUAUUCUUACAAGAAACAACAAUAUGAAGAUGAAUUUAUACGAUUCUGUCAAAGCAUGCUUAAUGAGGUUGAAAGAAAAAUAGUUAAAGGCAAACAAAGGCUCGCUCUUAUUGGGAAAACAGAAGCACCUACUUUGACUCCAGCACAAACUCAGAGGAAUGAAGAGCAAAUAGCCUUGCUUACUGAGAAAAUUAAUAAACUUGUAGAAGAGGCUGAACAAAGUGGAAUUCAAGGAAAUGUAGAGCAAGCUCAAGGUCUCAUGAGAUUAUGUGAUCAACUUAAAGAAGAACGAGAGACACUUAGAAAGUCUAAUGAUAAUAGUCAUUACAAUCAGACGGCGGAGUUAGCAGCAGCUCAAGAAAAGCAGAUGGAAGUCUGUGAUGUUUGUGGAGCAUUUCUCAUUGUCGGUGAUGCUCAGCAACGUAUUGACGAUCACUUAAUGGGUAAACAGCACGUGGGCUAUGCUAGAUUAAAAAGUGCUCUCCAAGAAAUAAUGGCCAAACGAGAACGAGCAAGGGAUGAAAAAGAACAAAAGAGAGAUGAAGACAGAAAAAGGGCUCGGGCUAAUGAAGAGCUUGAAAGGAGACGUCGUGAUGACAGAGACAGAGAUCGCGAUCGUGAUAGAGACAAACGUCGGAGACGUGAUGAUGAAAAGAAUCGUCAUGACUCACACAGGAAUUCCAAUUAUAAUAGUAGGAGUAAAUCACGCGAUCGUCAUGACCGUCAUAGAGAUGACGACAAUUAUCGUCGUCAUAAUAGAGAUAAAGGAAGUCGAGAUCACCGAAGCUCCAAUAGUCACAGUCGUCGUCGCCACCGUUCUAGAAGUCGAAGUCACAAGUAACUACUCUUGAUUGGUUAGUGAGUGAGAAAUAAGCCAGAAAUCCAAUGAUCAUUAUUUGGAGAGAUCUGACGUGCAAAAAAUCAUGCGAGUAUCCAGCUCAAAAUAUGUUUAAGGUAAAGAUUUUAUAAUCUUGAAACUCCAAGCGCGAAAUGUAAAUUAUUUGACAAUUUACGUAUUGUUUGCGACUAAAUUCAAGUCGUCAACACGUGCUUAAUUAACCAUUUAUUUUCCUUUUUUUAACUGACUGUUGGACAGUCGACAAAUGAAACGAUUUCCAUUGAUGGCCAUGUUUUUUGGUCAAAUUUCUAAUUCCAUGAAUUCAAAUAGAAGCUAUUGUUAUUUUAUCAACACGGGUUUAACAUUUCACAUCGAAUAAAAUUGUUAUUUUAGGACUGUCUUAAAACUGCAAAUAAAGUGUAAUUUAACUAAAUUAACGUGGUGGAUUGUACAUUGAUUGAUAAUUGUAAUUUUCUUGUCGUAAAAUAAUUGUUAUUUCUCAUAAAUAAACAGAAAAAAGAACAAAAAUAACAACAAAAAACAAUAGGA